AUGGAGUCCGAAAAAGCUGUGCACAUCUCGGAAGAGAAACCAACCUAUGAUGACAAGAAUGUUCGAUCUUCAACAUCUGAUCCCGAAUUUGGUGAAGGAGAGGCAAUUGAGACAACCAAAAGAGGUUUGAAGGCUCGCCAUGCCCAGAUGAUUGCCCUUGGUGGUACAAUUGGUACUGGUCUGUUCGUUGGAUCCGGAGGAACACUCGCAACAGGUGGACCGGCGUUCAUUCUCGUUGCUUAUAUUAUCCUAUCGAUCUUGGUUUUAUUCGUUGUCACUGGAAUAACUGAGGUUGCGGCCUAUUUACCUGUUAGCGGUGGUACGAUGAGUUAUUACGGACAUCGCAAUGUCUCAAACUCACUCGGUUUCGCCAUGGGCUGGCUAUACUUCUAUUCGCUUGGUAUACUAGUACCUUACGAGAUUACUGCUGCUGGUCUUGUAAUCGACUAUUGGAAUUCGCCUGUCAAUAUUGGUGUUUGGAUUACGAUAUUCAUCAUUGUUAUUGUUGGGUUAAAUACUCUACCGGUCCAAUUCUAUGGCGAAACCGAGUUCUGGUUCGCUUCAUUGAAAGUGUUCAUGAUGAUUGGUCUAUUGGUUCUCUCGUUCAUCCUCUUUUGGGGAGGUGGUCCGAAUCAACAUGGCAUUUUAGGUUUUCAUAACUGGAAAGAUCCGGGAGCUACAACGACAUAUCUAAGAAGUGGUGGAACAGGAACAUUCAUUGCUUUCUGGAAAGUGAUUGUUCUUUCCGCCUUCCCGUUUACCUUCGCACCGGAGUUGUUGGUUGUUACUGGUGGUGAGAUGAAGUCUCCAAGACGCAACCUUCCAAUAGCUGCCAAACGAUACUUCUAUCGACUAGUCUUCUUCUACAUUGGAAGUGUCCUUGCCAUAGGAAUCAUCUCCCCAUUCAAUGCUGCUGCCCUCACAGACGGUGGCGUAGGUGCCAAAUCCUCAGCCUUUGUGGUCGGAAUUCAAGAAGCGGGUAUCUCAGGUCUGGGCAGCGUUAUCAACGCAAUCAUCAUCACGUCCGCAUGGUCUUCUGGAAACUCGUUCCUCUACAUGUCAUCCCGCUCACUUUACUCUCUCGCUGUUGCUGGGAACGCUCCAAAGAUCUUUACCAAAUGCACAAAGGGUGGUGUGCCUUACAUGGCGGUCGCAGCAGCGUCAUUAUUUUCUCCUCUCGCAUAUCUCAAUUGCGCAAACAGUGGUUCUAUUGUCUUCGCCUGGUUUGUAAACCUUACCAACACUUCUGGGUUUAUUUCCUGGAUCUGCUGCUGUAUCGUCUACAUUCGAUUCCGCAAAGCGACUGUGGUCCAAAACCUCCCUCGCGAAGCCAUUCCUUACCGUUCCAUAGUUCAGCCAUACGGUGCAUGGAUUGCCAUGGUCGCUUUCAUCAUCCUCACGCUCAUCAACGGAUUCGAUGUUUUCUUCCCAGAGAAAUUCAAUGCUAGUUCGUUCCUUACGGCCUAUGUUGGUAUUCCGUUGUUCUUGGUGAUUUACUUUGUGCAUCGCGCCUUUCACUGGAGUGAUAAGUGGGCGCAUGCUAGUGAGGAUGUGGAUUUACAUAGCGGCAUUGAUGUAGUCAUUGCUAAUGAGGUUGCGGAGCCGGUUGGACCUGUUACUUGGAAGAAGAAGAUGCAGGGGUGGUUUACAUAG